GUGGCGCGCGAGCGGUGGUUGCUGGUCGGCGGCCCAGUCGAUACACAUACAAUCUCCGUUGAUCGACCGGUGCCGCACGUCGUCGUUUUGGCCACCGCACACACGUCCGUCCGUGCGCGACGUCCGAUUGGCCGUUGUUGAUCGAUUUCCGCCGUCUCGCCAACUAGCUCCCCUACCCACCCCGCCACCUCGCAACCGGGCCCCUUCGGUACGCGCCGUGUCUCUAUACAUAUCUUCCGGCGCGUUCGCCCUACCGGUCCCUCGCCGAUAUCGCUGCCAACCGUUCCCGUGAUCGGACCCAAGUGGAAAUGGACAGCCAAGACGACACGUCGCGCCCGCACGACGACGCCACCGCAGCCGCCGACGACGCUCGCCAACUCGUCCCGAUGAUUAUGCCGCCGCCGUCGCCGCCCGCACCUCCGCUGACGACCGCGUCCAAGCGCGACGACGGUCAGGCCACCGGCAUCGAAAACCCGUCCAGCGUGCGCAAUCUGAAGGACAUACUGCACUAUACUACGCAGAUGACGGACGUCGGCGCCCAGAACCGCGAUGCCGGCAAGAACAACUUGACACUGGCCGAAGAGAAAAAGAAAUUCCUUACAAAUGUAUUGUCUACCAUGACUGUUAAUGUGCACGAGGAAAUGAACAAUUCAAUUAACAUUAUAUUAGACUCUAAAAAAAAAGUAGAAGAAUAUGAAUAUGCAUUUGAUGUUAUUGGAGAAUACAUCGAUAAUAUUGAUUAUGCUAAUGAUUUUCAGAAGCUCGGCGGUUUCCAGGUAAUUAUACCAGGUUUAAAAUCUGAACACGCAUCUGUACGCUGUAAAACUGCAGAAAUGAUAGCUACAGCAGUUCAACACAAUCCAUAUUGUCAGGAUAAAUUCAUUGAAAAUCCAGCUUACAUGCGCAUGUUGAUUAGUCUUGUGGAAAGUGAUAUUGUGGAAGAUGUACGUGUGAAAGCAUUGCAUGCAAUAUCGGGUGUUGUCCGUCAUAAUUUGAAAGGGUUUUGGAAUUUCAUUGGUCUUGGAGGUAUUGAUUUGAUUAUCUAUGCUCUAAAAUCAUCAAGUGAUAAAUUGAAGAUUAAAGCAGUAUUUCUUAUAUAUUCUACUUGUCAUAUGGGCAACGACAUAGCAGACAUGUAUGUUGAUAAGGGAGUAGUUCAAAUAAUUUGUUCAAUUAUUAUGAAUAUGGAAAAGACUAUAGAAGAUUAUCAUCAUGAAUUGGUUUUCUCAACAUUGAAUCAGAUGCUCACUAUGUCACCUAGCCGAGUCAAAGAAAUUUGUUCUUCAACAAAAGAUUUAAAACAAGCUUUGCUAUCAUUACAAAACUCAUACCCAAGUGACUCAAAAUAUCAGGAUGAAAAGGAUCACAUUUUGUGGUUGAUGGAAACUCUUACAUUAUAAACGCACAAAGAAGCGCAUUUCGUUUUUUAUAUUACUUCUCUGUUUUAAUAUAUAUUAUUGCUUUUUAAAAGAAAUUCAACCUAUGGUUAUAAUAUAACACUAUUAAUAUUAUCUUGUGUACUUUUUUAUUCCCUUCAAAGAUUUCCACUGUCAA